AUGGACCGAUCAGAUUACAUAACACAAGUGAAAGAAAUGUUACAAGACAGUAAAGUUUAUAAAACGAUUACAGAUAAACGUAGAAAUCCAACAACAAGAACAGAAAAUGACUUGCAAAAGAUGCUCAAGACUUUAUGUGAUUCAGGGCAUCUAUCGGAGUUAGACUAUUGGAAAUUAAGACCUUUUGAUUCCACAGCAGCGGCAUUUUAUGGCCUUCCCAAAGUCCAUAAGAUUCCGCUAAAAGAAGAACACGACCACUUCACCAUUGAAAAGAAAAAUCUUCCAACACAGAUCCCCUUAAGACCAAUAAACAGCUCCAUCGGUCACCAACAUAUCUUUUCUCGACGUUUGUGUGUACCCAGAGAGUUGAGAAAGAUGAGGUGGUUGUAUCAUUUGAUGUUAUUUCACUAUUCACUUCCAUCCCCGUGA